AUGAACUUUUGUAUUGUAGCACCUGUUGGAGAUUUUGAGAAGCAAUAUAAAAUGUUCUUGACUUUGCAGAUUGGACAAACUGAAACCGUAAUAAAUAAUCUGAAUCCGGUGUUUGCGCGUCACUUCUAUAUCAAUUAUCACUUCGAGAAUUCAGAACGUUUACGAUUUCUUAUCUAUCAAAUAGACGGUGACUCAGAAAGAAUAUUGGUGACCUUAGGUCAGUGUGAGUGCGCAGUUGGUGAGUUGCUCUCUCGUGGUGGUGAUAUGACAUUACGAUUUGUCACUGCCAAAGUAUUUUUCCAGUCUCUCCGAAUAAACGUUGUAAUUGCAGGUGCGUCGCUCGAUGUUGGUGUGUUGAAUAUUCGAGCACGUCCUUCAGAUGUGACCUUCCAAGCGUUACGCCUUCAGUUUUGUGGUCACCACAUGAGCUCACCAGUGGAUAAUUUCCCAGUGAAUGCCUAUUUUGUGAUGUUGCUUUCAUGUGAAGGCACUGAUCUUAAGCAUCUUCUGUACACAAGCGAGUCAGUGUCUGCUAAGAGUCCCACAUGGAACAGUUUCGUUGUGCCGUUAUCGCAUUUCACUCCACCUUCUCCUGGAGCAUGCUCAAUCGAAAUAGAUGUCUACAAUUAUAUUGCAAACUCAGACGAUAAAUUGAUCGGGAAAUGUACGACCUCGUUGGAUCACUUGCUGAGAGGGACUGGUCCCAUUAACACAUAUAAGUUAUCGACAGACGAUCGUCGUAAAAAAGAUCAUACGUCAGUUGAGUUGAUGAAUAUUGUUCAGAUCGCGUCGGAUUCUUUUAUAGAUUUCAUUAAAUCGGGGACUCAAAUACACUUUUCGGUCGCUGUCGAUUUUACGGCUUCAAAUGGUAAUCCGUUGAAUCCUUCUUCAUUACAUUACAUACACCCUCACAAUGCUAAUCCUUACAUGACAUGUUUAUGCGCGGUUGCAUCCGUGAUCAAUAAAUACAACCGUCACGAACGUAUUGCGGCGUUGGGAUUCGGUGCACAAAUACCUCCAAACUUUCAAGUCUCUCAUCUGUUCUUCAUGAAUGGAACAACGACCGAUCCGCACGUGAUCGGUGUUGAUGGCCUCAUGAGUGCAUAUCGAUCAACGUUGUAUGCGAUAAGGCCAUAUGCGCCGACAGAUUUCUCGGAAGUGAUUUAUCACGUUUACAAAUUCGGAGCAGCGGCGAAUCGUCAAAAGACAAGUGAACACUAUUUUGUGUUAUUGAUCGUGACGGAUGGUUGUGUGACAAAUCCCCGCAAAACGCUAGAUGCAAUCGUCGAUUGUUCAUAUCUACCGAUAUCAAUCGUUAUCUCAUCAACCAACGGACAUUUACUGAAACGUGAAUGUGUUACGUUCGUUUCGUAUCAUCCAACGAUGUCAAACGAUCAGUUGGUGACGAAGUUGCUGAUGAACGUACCGAAACAGUUCAUGUCGUGGGCAAUCCUCAACGGAAAAUAUCCGGGACGUGGUGAAACUUGA